AUGGCCAUGAUUGACCCGGAGACUCGUCGCGAAGUCGACGAACAUCAAAGAUUGGAACAGGAUAUCACCAUGUUCACUGCAGGACACUUGAGCGAGCCCACCACGCCGCCCGAGUACUACAGCUCUGUCAACCGCGUCCACAGCGCUCGUCUGUCCACUGCCAGUCUGGCUUCUCCUCCUGGAUUCCCGGCCCGUCCCAGUCAUCCGGGCUCUCAACUUGCAUCUCCUCAGACAGCAUUCUCAAGACCCGUCACUUCACACGUCCACUCAAUCUCUAUCCCAUCUAGAUCGGUUCCUGCUUCACGCCGUGGCUCUGACGAAGAUGAGGAGGACACUUCGUUCUCAUUUGCAGACAUUAACCAUCGCGCCGCAGCCAAGUAUGUUCAAUGUUCCUAUUCAUCUGCCUAG